AACUCUCACACUCCCGACUCCUUCUCGUCUCUCUCUCUCUUUCCCCUCUUUCUCUCUCUAGAUAUAAGCACAUAUAUAUAUGCAGCAGCGAGGCAGAGCGAACAACCGAAGAUCCAGGAGCUUUUCGAGAUCACGCAUUGCAAUUGAGGGAGCUUAGCCCCGGUCUUCUUCAUCUCCUCAUUUCACUCGCUCUCGUUCGAAUUUGAAUUCUUAGCUCUCUCGGUCGCCAUUUCUGUCAACAAUGGCUGCUUUUGCUAAUGGGGAAGAGCGGGAGGUGCAGAAGAACUACUGGGUGGAGCACUCCGCCGAUUUGACCGUUGAGGCCAUGAUGCUCGACUCCAAGGCCUCUGAUCUCGACAAGGAAGAACGACCUGAGGUGCUUUCGUUGCUCCCUCCCUAUGAGGGUAAAUCGGUUGUAGAACUCGGAGCUGGGAUUGGUCGUUUCACUGGAGAAUUAGCUGAAAAGGCCGGUCAGCUUUUCGCAUUGGACUUCAUUGACAGUGUGAUAAAGAAGAAUGAAAGCAUUAAUGGACACCAUAAGAAUGUCAAGUUCAUGUGCGCUGAUGUGACAUCACCUGAUCUGAAGAUUUCUGAAAACUCGGUGGAUUUGGUAUUCUCAAAUUGGCUUCUUAUGUAUCUGUCAGAUAAGGAGGUAGAGAAUUUGGUGGAAAGGAUGAUGGGAUGGUUGAAGGUCGGUGGAUAUAUCUUUUUCAGAGAAUCUUGUUUCCACCAAUCUGGAGACUCCAAACGAAAAUCCAACCCAACCCAUUACAGGGAACCAAGAUUUUAUACCAAGGCUUUCAAAGACUGCCACAUGCGUGAUGAUUCCGGGAAUUUCUUUGAACUCUCUCUUGUUAGUUGCAAAUGUAUUGGAGCUUAUGUUCGGAACAAAAGGAAUCAAAAUCAGAUCUGCUGGUUAUGGCAGAAAGUCCCUUCAGAAAAUGAUAGAGGGUUCCAGCAGUUCUUAGAUAAUGUUCAGUAUAAAAAUACUGGCAUACUACGAUAUGAGCGUGUCUUUGGGCGAGGUUUCGUGAGCACAGGAGGGAUCGAAACUACUAAAGAAUUUGUGGCAAAGUUGGAUCUGAAGCCUGGCCAGAAAGUUCUCGAUGUAGGCUGUGGCAUUGGGGGAGGUGACUUCUAUAUGGCCUCAAACUUUGAUGUUGAAGUUAUUGGAAUUGACCUCUCUGUGAAUAUGAUUUCUUUUGCUCUCGAACAAUCUAUUGGACUCAAAUGCGCUGUCGAGUUUGAAGUUGCUGAUUGCACAAAAAAGACUUAUCCUGACAAUACCUUCGAUGUGAUAUACAGUCGUGACACCAUUUUACACAUUCAAGACAAGCCUGCAUUGUUCCGAUCCUUCUACAAGUGGUUGAAGCCAGGCGGCAAAGUUCUCAUCAGUGAUUACUGUAGGUGUGCUGGAACUCCAUUGGAAAACUUUGCUGACUAUAUUAAGCAAAGAGGAUACGAUCUCCAUGAUGUAAAAGCUUAUGGUCAGAUGCUCAAGGAUGCUGGCUUUGAUGAGGUCAUUGCUGAGGAUCGAACUGAUCAGUUCAAAGCAGUUUUGGAGCGGGAACUGGCGGCUGUUGAGAAGGAUAAGGAUUCAUUCGUCCAGGACUUUUCUAAAGAGGAUUAUGAUGACAUCGUUGGUGGAUGGAAGGCAAAGCUGAUCAGGGUUGAUUCCGGCGAGCAGAAGUGGGGCCUGUUCAUUGCCAAGAAGAAUUGAUCCUUCUAAUAAUCUUCAUAUCCAGAGUUUUAUUAAACUAUGUAUUUUGGAUGAACAUUGCUUGUGAUUUAGUAUUUUCUGUUGUCGUUGGUGUGACGUAUUUUGGAUGAACAUUGCUCGUGAUUUAGUAUGUAUUUCAAUAUAAUAAAAGUGUGGCGUGAUGUCUUUGAACUUUCGCCGCUAUGUAAUGGAAUUGGGGUUUGUAAUUCUUCAGUUGUUAUGAUAAGAAUCGUUGAUAAGUUUGUGUUCGCUA